AUGGGAGAGGCCUCGUCGCCGUCGAUCGCCAAGGAUGUCACCGAGUUGAUCGGGAACACGCCGCUGGUGUACCUCAACAAGGUGACCAAUGGGUGCGUCGGCCGCGUCGCCGCCAAGCUCGAGUCCAUGGAGCCCUGCUCCAGCGUCAAGGAUAGGAUUGGCUACAGCAUGAUCACCGACGCAGAGGAGAAGGGCCUCAUCACUCCAGGCACGAGUGUGCUGAUUGAACCAACUAGCGGCAAUACAGGAAUUGGACUUGCCUUUAUGGCUGCUGCCAAGGGUUACAAACUUAUACUCACGAUGCCUGCUUCCAUGAGCAUGGAGAGGAGAAUCAUAUUGAAGGCUUUUGGUGCUGAACUGGUCCUUACUGACCCACUCCUGGGAAUGAAAGGAGCUGUCAAAAAGGCGGAAGAGAUUCAAGCAAAGACACCCAACUCAUACAUCCUUCAACAAUUUGAAAAUCCUGCUAACCCAAAGAUUCAUUAUGAGACCACGGGGCCUGAAAUCUGGAAAGCUACAGCAGGAAAAAUUGACGGCCUUGUAUCUGGUAUUGGGACAGGAGGAACCAUAACUGGAACUGGCCGAUACCUCAGGGAGCAAAAUCCUAAUGUCAAGCUCUAUGGUGUGGAGCCAGUAGAGAGUGCUAUUUUAAAUGGUGGAAAACCUGGGCCACACAAGAUUCAAGGAAUUGGAGCUGGUUUUAUUCCUGGGGUCUUGGAUGUCGACCUCAUUGAUGAAACUCUGCAAGUUUCAAGCGAUGAAGCUAUUGAGACUGCAAAGGCUCUUGCAUUGAAAGAAGGGUUGCUGGUUGGAAUCUCUUCUGGUGCAGCUGCGGCUGCAGCCAUUACGCUUGCUAAGAGGCCUGAAAAUGCCGGAAAGCUAUUUGUUGUCGUGUUCCCAAGCUUUGGUGAGCGCUACCUCUCGUCGGUGCUUUUCCAGUCCAUCAAGAAGGAAGCGGAGAGCAUGGUGGUCGAGCCCUAGAGCACACAAUUCCAGCAGCUAUUUUGAGAGAGGGUCUCCAUUUUCACUGAAAUAAAGAUUCGGUGCCUCUUACUUUUGCUAAUUAAAGCAUACAUCUGUCUGUCGAUGUCCAGUUCAGUGUGGCCAUGUUCAUUGAAGAAUAACAUCGUUUGAGACUUCUGUUUACAGUUGGACAUUCUCCCUGUUCUGUAUAUCGCAUCAGCCAGUGUGAAAUAAAGCGUUACAGUGUGUUUCAUGCCUGAA